UCACUGAAUCAGUCGCCAUUUGUAACAAUUUCCUUGAUCACUGAGCGUGAGCAGCAAGAAACAUCCUAGGGAACGAUCGGAGUGGUUAUAUUGAAACAAUUUAUCAAAAUUUACAAAUGGACAUCUUUAAUUUCCAGAUCCUGUUUUUGUUGCAGAGUAUAUUAAAUUAAAUGGUACUAAUUUGGAAUAUCAAGUACAAAAUAUAAAUACAACAGCAGGUUGGUACAUGCGCACGUGUCCAAUUGUAAAAGAAAUAAUUAAAGAAACUAUAUUUAUUAUUUCUAUGAACUAUUAUCUAAAUUAAUUAUUAUUAAUCGUAUUGAAGGAUUUCUUUGACAAUAUAGUGUUUUUUAUAAUUGGAAUAUUUGUUUCCAAUGGAGGCCUCGUUCGUUUGGACAAGGAGUAAAACAUUGUUGCUAAUUGAAGCCUAUGAUGCUAGGAAAGAAAAAUUCAUAGAUCCUAGAAUAAAAAAGAAAACUCUUUGGAAAGAAAUUGCUCUAGAAUUCGAGAAAAAGAAUUAUUACGUGUCUGCUGAAAAUUUAGAUAAAAAAUUUAGGAACUUAAAAAGGACGUACAUCAAGAUCCGUGAUAAUAUUAGAAAAUCGUUUAUGGGGAAGGAAAGAGUUACGUGGGAAUAUUACGACUAUUUACAAAAAAUUUAUGAGAAGGAUUAUCCUAUUAUGAUAAAUACAAGUUUAGAAGAUAAUGAAAAUAGCGAUAAGAUAUCGCAAAAUCUUGUUAAUAGCGACAGUUCAUUAUCUGCAAAAUUUGCAGCGGAUGAUGAUUUCGUUGAAAUAUUAUCUGAUCAAAUUGAUCGAUCCGAACACUACAAUGGUACUACGCAAAUAGUAUGUGAUACAAAACCAAAUACUAUACGUGGAAGAGUAAAAUUAAGGACACAAAGAAAAAGACAAAUGAAAACACUUAGAGAAGAACAUCUUAAUUUAGAAAAAGAAAAGAUUAAAGAGCUUCGACGUUUGAGAGAGGCAAUAGAAAAUAAUAAUGAAAUACAGAGAGAGCGUAAUCAACUUUUUUCAGCUCUCAUAAUGAAUAUAACGUGUGAAACGUUGAAUGAAUUUAAAUUUGGAUCUUUUUGUGAAAAGAUUUUCAUUAUUCACGUUUCAACUUGAUCAAAAUGGAACCAAAGCAGUCCAAUUCGAUCUAAUGUAUUUAUAGUAUAUUUAAGCUUCUUACUAUAACAUGUAUAUAUUUGUAUAGUAGAAUCUAGCAAAAAUAAUCUAAUAGAUUGAUCAAAUUUAUGUGUAUAAAGAAAAAUGUAUAUAAUAGAUUUUUUAAUAAUGAAACAUACAUUUUGCUAACUACUA